AUCUAGCGGCCCGCGAAAUAGAAGUAUCAACAAUGGCGCAGCCAAGAGUCACCGAAUUCUUUUCGGCACGAAAACGUACAGCUGAUUCACAGCCAUCAAAGCGCAGGAAGGUUGUAAUUUUGUCAUCAAGUGUAGAAACCUUAUCAGUUCAAAAUAGAAAUGUUCGAUCGACUCGGGCAUCGUCGAGAAACAAGGCAGAGGUGGAUGCUGUUCCCGACCAGGUUCAAUUUACUUUCAACGCAAAGGCAACAACAGAAAAAUCUAAAACUGAGAAGAAAUCAAAACCACAAUCGGUAAGAAAGGUUCGCAAGACAAACACGUCAGCCUCUGAGAGAAAUCAGAGCAGCAUUAAAGAUGCCUUUGAAAAGGCCAACAGAGAAAACGCCCCGGCUGACGAUAUCGGCAAUACUCUGGGCACUGAUGAAGAAGUGACUUCGGCUUGGGACGAGCACGAUGGAAUACCGCUGACUCCAUCAAAACGACCAAAGGAUGGCGACGACUCGUCCGACUCCGAGCGGACAGAGGCGACCAAGAAGCGCACAAGAAAAGGGAAAAGCAAAUCCACUGUUCCGGAAAUCCAAGCUACAGUGACUCCAUCAAAAACGGAACAGAUGGAACCCACAAGAAAACCUAGACAGGCUAAAAAGAAACUUCAUCUUCGUCCAGUCGUCGAUUCGUCUAGCGAGGGAGAUAAUUUGGAAACAGAGGGUGCACCAGAGGAAACUUCCCAAUUACUGCUGCCACCAAAGACACCUCCAGCUAUCCCUCCUAUCCCCGACACACCUGAGGUUGUCCGCCAGCGACUGAAAAAGGGUCCGGCCAAACCAACAUCAAAAAAGGUCAAGGCUGCUAUGGCUCUUAUCCAGAAAUUAAAGGAAGAUCCUGUUUCCAAGGGGAAAACCGAAAAGACUACUUACAGAAAUGAUUUGAAGGCAGAUAUGACAUCUGAGAACAUGAAACAGAAAUUGUCCAAAGUUGGGGGUCUGGAGGAUUUGAAAGCACGUCUAUCUGAUAUGGCGAAAACAAAGGCCAGUCUAAAAAAGGAUGUGCCGAAGCUGCAGAAAUUUGACAAAGUGGACAUAGAAGUGCCAGUCACAUCUAAGGAAACGUACAUAACAAAGAAGGCUCCUGCAUAUGAGAGGUUUCAUGCUCUGGCCACACCUGCGCCCCCUACCCUGACGAUGCCAUACAAGUACCGUCUACUGGGAGACAUGUUCCGCAGCAUGGACACUGUUGUGAGCAUGCUACAUAACCGCGCAGAGGCCUGUACAUUCUCCAAACUUAGGGCUGCUGUCCAGUCAAUGACCAAAAGAAAUUUUGAGGAGAGACAUGCUGGCCAGGUGAAGACAGUGUAUCCCACAGCCUAUACAUUUCGACAACAAAAGGGGAUCCCUGACUUCACGAGCAGUAAACCCGCUGGAUACCAACUCACUGUUGAGGCUAAUCUUACUGAAGAUGAAGAUGUUAAGAUGAAGAAAGUGAACUUCGCGGCCAAAGACCUACUGGAUAGACGCUGUAUCUUUCAAAACAAACUCCUUUGCAUUGUAAAACGUCAUCACAAGGAGUUCCUGGCCAGGUUGGAUAAGCCACUGUCUAUACCUGAUGACAAAAUAACUCGCUGGCACCCAAAGUUUCCUGUGGAUGAGGUCCCAGAUGUUGAGGUGUCAGAGCUACCUAAGCCUGAUGUUUCCCACAAGUACACCACUGCUAAGGACGUCCUGGAGGCCAGGCGAGGACAGCUUCCAGCGAAGGUAGAACAAGCUUUAGAGAAUGUAGCACUGGCAUCUAAAGAGGAGUCGAUCAAACAGGAAGCUGUAAAAGCCGAGUCUAACCAGAGGGUGACGGACACAAACUCGUCAGCUGGCUCCCAAUACAAGGGGAUACCACAGUCACUCCUGGACAAGAUCCGUGCAAAGGAGAAUAAAAAGUUAUCGCUUGCAAUGACAAGAAACCCUGCAGAGGAUCGACGUUUAGAGAUGUUACAGAGAUUACCCAAUUUGAUGCGGAUGCUGAGGUCGCACUUUGUCACCGAGAAAAAAAAUGCUCUUCUACUGGAAAACAUCGUUCAGAAACUUGGAGACAGUAGUCGUAAUUUUAUACCAUUUGCGGCCAUGGAAAGCCAUGUGAAGUUGAUGAUUGAAGUCUUACCAAAGUGGCUUACCCUCAUCGAGAUAAAGAAGGGGAAAUAUGUCAAGAUGGAUAAAAAUUUGGAUCUGCAAGUCUUGAUUGAAGGAGUGAACAACAUUUUAAAGAGUAAAAGAUAGUGUAUGUUUCUAGUGUUGUAAGUUUGGGAGUGUGUUCAGAGUGGUAGGUUUGGAAGUACGUUUGGAGUGGUUGAUUUGGGAGUAGGUUUGGAGUGGUAGGUUUAGCAGUAUGAUUGGAGUGGUUUAUUUGGAAGCAUGUUCAGAGUGGUAGGUUUUGGAGUAUGGAAGGGACGUUUAAGCACGUUAUGUUAGACUUGUUUUUAUUUUGUGACUGUUUCAAUUUGCCUGUUGAGUCUCUAUCAAAACAUUUGCUAUCAUCAUUUUGUAAAACAAAUAUUGUAUGAUCAUGAGAGAAAAUAUCAUUUUUCCAGCAUCAGUGAAGAUUUUCAAUUCAU